AUGCCCGCUCCAGAGGUUUUUAUACCACCGCGCACCUGGAAGCAGCCACGCUGCCCGCCGGGGCUGGUGGGCUAUUUACAGCAACAUGACCAGGCAGCGUGCGAAGGGCUCGCUGCCCCGUGCUCAGAUCUUUUCCACUUGCGGCAUGAAACAAAAAUGCUCCUGAACCUCAUAGUCCCGAGUGCUGCAGCCUCAGAAGCAGAACUCUGGGGCUUUUCCAGCCUCUCAUUUUCUAAGCUGGCUGAGUCUCUUCAUAAUCUGGUAUUGAUUUUGUUGUUGACAGAAAACACUGAAAGGAUAUCUCUUCAGCUUCAUUUAGCUUUAACUUCAAAUGCACCAUGGGUCCAGUGUCCUAGUCAUUUAGAGCUUAUGAACCAGUGUCGACACAUUAAUGUUCGUGUGGAUCCUCGUGGCCUGAGAGAAGGAGUACAUUAUACAGAGGUUUGUGGGUAUGAUACAGCAAUGCCUAAUGCAGGCCCACUCUUCAGAGUUCCAAUAACUGUUGUUAUACCAACAAGAGUAGAUGAAUCAUCAAGCUAUGACCUUGCGUAUACAGAUGUUCAUUUUAAACCUGGCCAAAUCCGAAGGCACUUCAUUGAUGUUCCCCAGGGAGCUACGUGGGCUGAAGUAACAAUAUGUUCAUGUUCCUCUGAUGUGACUGCCAAGUUUGUGCUUCAUGCUGUUCAGCUAGUGAAACAGAAAGCAUAUAGAAGUCAUGAGUUCUACAAAUUUCUGUCCUUACCAGAAAAAGGAUCAGUGACUGAAGCAUUUCCCGUCUUAGCUGGAAAAACAAUUGAAUUUUGUGUUGCUCGGUGGUGGGCAAGCCUUAGCGACGUUAGCAUUAAUUACACAGUUUCUUUUCAUGGUGUACUUUGUGCUACUCCUCAGCUAAACAUGCAUGCUUCAGAAGGAAUUGUACGGUUUGAUGUUCAGUCCAUGUUGAAGUAUGAGGAUAUUGCUCCGUGCAUAAACCUGAAAAGCUGGAUUCAAACUCUCAGACCAGUGAGUGCAAAAAUAAAACCUUUGGGAUCCAGAGAUAUUUUACCAAAUAACCGUCAACUGUAUGAGAUGAUUUUGACCUACAACUUCCACCAGCCUAAGAGUGGAGAAGUAACUCCAAGCUGCCCACUUCUCUGUGAAUUACUAUAUGAAUCUGAAUUUGAUAGCCAACUGUGGAUUAUUUUUGACCAAAACAAAAGACAAAUGGGGUCAGGAGAUGCCUAUCCACACCAGUAUUCUGUGAAACUGGAAAAAGGAGAUUACACUAUUCGGUUACAAAUUCGUCAUGAACAGAACAGUGAGCUGGAUCGCAUCAAAGACCUUCCAUUUAUUGUUUCACACAGGUUGUCUAGUACCUUGAGCUUAGAUAUUUAUGAAAACCAUAGUCUUGCUCUCUUAGGAAAGAAGAAAUCCAACAGUUUGACAUUACCACCAAAACACAGCCAGCCAUUCUUUGUUACAUCUCUGCCUGAUGACAAAAUACCAAAAGGAGCAGGACCAGGAUGUUAUCUUGCAGGAGCUCUUACACUGUCUAAAACAGAACUUGGAAAGAAAGCUGGGCAGUCUGCAGCAAAGCGACAAGGAAAAUUUAAAAAGGAUGUCCUUACAGUUCACUAUCAUCUGAUACCAUCACCAUCCAAGAGUAAAAAUGGCAGCAAAGAAAAAGAAAGAGAACAGGAAAAAGAAAAAGAUGUAAAAGAAGAAUUUGCUGAAGCUUUACGAGAUCUAAAAAUACAAUGGAUGACCAAGCUGGAUACCGCUGAUGUAUACAAUGAGUUGAAAGAAGCCUUUCCUAAUCAUCUUCCACUAUAUGUUGCGAGACUUCAUCAACUGGAUUCUGAAAAGGAACGUAUGAAAAGACUUGAUGAAAUUGUUGAAGCCGCAAAUACCGUAAUCUCUCAUAUUGAUCAAACAGCACUAGCAGUUUAUUUUGCUAUGAAGACUGAUCCCAGACCUGAUGCAACUACUAUAAAAAAUGAAAUGGAAAAACAGAAGACUACUUUAGUGGAUGCACUUUGUCGAAAAGGAAGUGCACUGGCUGACCAGCUUCUUCAUCUGCAGACCCAAGAUGGGGCUGCUUCCAGUGAUGCUGAAGGCAAAGAUGAGGAUCAUGAGAGUUGUUCAGAAGCCUUGACAGAGACUUUCUGGGAAACAACAAAAUGGACUGAUCUAUUUGACAGCAAGGUUUUGACUUUUGCCUAUAAGCAUGCAUUGGUGAACAAAAUGUAUGGGAGAGGCCUCAAGUUUGCAACAAAACUUGCGGAAGAAAAGCCAACAAAAGACAACCUGAAAAACUGCAUUCAGCUAAUGAAGUUACUGGGAUGGACUCACUGUGCAACUUUCUCUGAAAACUGGCUUCCUGUUAUGUAUCCCCCUGAUUAUUGUGUAUUCUAGAAAUCUGGAAAUUGUAAACCUAAAGUAAUUCUAUAAGGGCAGGAUAUGAAAAGAUAAGUUUGAGAUUUUUUUUUUUUUUUUUUUGGAACGCAUGUUUUCAUUACUGAAUGUCAAUCAUUAAAUUGUGUGUAUUUAUCAGUAAAGGCACCUGGGUACAGCUUAAUACCUGUUAACCUGACUCCAGCCAUCAGGGAGUUACCUUAUUGUGCAUCCCAUUGCUGGCAAUGGAUGUGCCAGAACUGCCAACAGAAAAGAUUUGGAAUUAGGCUGAUAUAGCUUACUGCAUGCAUGUUAGGUUCUUAACUGUUAAUUUUAACUGCAAACCUGUAAAAGCUCUGUAUUUUUUACAGUAAAAUGACUUUUAACACGUUUGAUCUUAAUUUCAUUUUCAACUGUAUGAAGGCCUUAAAGCUACUUCAGGAGUAGCUAAAAUCUUAUUUAUUAGACAAAAGUAAUGGGACAUAAUUAUCCAUAUUGUUUGCAAGAGUUUACAUUUGUGGUUUUGUUCUUUUUUUUUUUU